UUGAUUGGACGUGCACAUUCCAAUGGCGCGAGUGUUAUGACCUUGUAAUCCAGUCGCCCCUGCACUCGCUCCGGGAAAGUUAUCAGUCUCUUUUGAGCUUCUUUUACUCGCUAUUCAUCAUUUAAUAACGAUUCCCGUUAAUCAUGCCACCUGCAAGAGCAGCUGCACUGAAUGAAGACAUCGCCGUUCCAACUAAAGGUGUAAAUGCUGUCCUUCUCGGGCCACCGGGAAGCGGUAAAGGGACUCAGGCGGUGGCCUUGAAGGAAAGGUACUGUGUGUGCCAUCUUUCGACUGGUGAUAUGUUGAGAGCUGAAAUUGCUUCUGGCUCUCCGUUGGGAGCUCAGCUCAAGGCAGUUAUGGAACAAGGAAAACUUGCCAGUGAUGAUCUUGUAGUCAACAUGAUUGACAGCAAUCUAAACAAACCUGAGUGUCAGCGAGGCUUCUUGCUAGAUGGAUUUCCACGCAGUGUACAACAGGCAGAAAAACUGGACAAUAUCCUGGAAAAACGAAAAACGAAGCUCGACGCAGUCAUCGAAUUUGGAAUAGAUGAUAACUUGCUUGUGCGCAGAAUAACUGGUCGUCUAAUCCAUCCAUCCAGUGGGCGAUCUUAUCAUGAAGAAUUUUCGCCACCAAAGGCUCCGAUGAAGGAUGAUAUUACUGGAGAAGCUUUGAUUAGAAGAUCGGAUGACAAUGCAGACACUUUAAAGAAGAGAUUGGCCACUUAUCACACCCAGACUGCACCAUUGGUCGAUUAUUACGCAUUACGUGGUAUUCAUUACCAUGUAAAUGCAGCCAAGUCCAGCGCAGACGUAUUCAAAGAUAUAGAUUCGAUUUUCCGUCAAGCGACGGCGGUUGAAAAAGCGAAAAAAAGCAAAGGAUUCUUCAGUAACUUCUUCUAGGCAUCCCGUUUGCUGUUGUUACGUUAUGCAUAAAUGCAAGCAAUAUAUCAUCGAAUCAUGUGAUGCUCGAACACUAUCGUGAAUUGCGUCACUAAUCAUUGUUAAGAACAUUAUCUUUAUCAAUCAAUUUCAGAUAUGAAAGAUCGAUUUGGCUUUGGUAGGAAUAAGUUGUAAUUAUCGGACACCGAUUUAGUGACGAAAUUACUUAUACAACCUGUUCGCCAUAACUUAAGUAAAUGUAAUAUACAUAUCGUGUGAAACAUACAGAAUGAAGUUUGUGGCAAACGUUUCCUAAAUAAGGUUGCUUUCCUUUAUUGGUUGACGUUUUUAAUCAAAACUGUCCUUCGUUCGUUUGUAUUUUGAAGAUAUAUUCGUGGCGCGAUACUUCGCCCAACAAUAACCAUGCCCGAGCAUCAGAUUUCCGAAAAAUUACAAAAAUAUUUAACGCUUUCUCAACUGCAGUCGAAAGGUAACUCAAAUUAUAAUAAUUGUAGAAUCUGUUUAGUAUAAUUUUAUACAUGUAAAGGUAACUACGUGACGUUUGAAAACGAAAAAUAUAGAUAUUCUUUUCUGAAAAUGUCCCGGAGAACGUUUAAAGGCACUCAUGAUAUCUAAUCAUUACUGGAACAAAUUACGCACAUAAUCACCGUUACUAAACGUAUCGGUCGUAUCGUUAAUCACAAACAAUAAUCACGGAAUUUGUUGAAUUUGCAUAAAUUGUACUGUUUGUUUAUGUAUAUCCUAAAUUUCAUCAAUUGUAUUUGAUCAAUGUAUUACAAAUAAAUUCUUUGCCUUAAAUAUA